UCCAGUCCACAAGGCACAACCCUGUCAAUCCAAGGUUCCAUAUUCCCUACACCUGUUUCGCCUUCUGCUCAGCCUUCUUUUUUCCCUUCCCCACCCUUACAGAGAAUCUCUACUGGUAUGGCAAUACUGUCACUACCGUUAGUGACAUCCAUUCUCAAGAAAACACCCAACAAAUAUAAGCCUCAUAUAUCUUUUCUCCUCACAACAGCCCACAGAAUUAAUCCCAGCACACCUCCAAUUUUCAAGCGCAAAUGCUUUUCUUCAACUGCAACGUUCUCCCGUCCUUCUGCCACAACCCAUUCUUCAGCUUCAACGGAGCAGGAGUCAUCAAAGGACAACAAGAAUUUGGUACCGGCAUCCUCUGUUCUCACUUUCCAACAAGCCAUUCAACGCCUCCAGGAGUAUUGGGCUUCUGUUGGAUGUGCUGUGAUGCAAUGCAGCAACACUGAGGUUGGUGCUGGGACUAUGAACCCUCUUACGUUUCUAAGGGUUCUUGGUCCAGAACCAUGGAAUGUUGCGUAUGUAGAACCUAGCAUCCGGCCUGAUGAUAGUCGUUAUGGUGAAAACCCAAAUAGGCUUCAAAGGCACACUCAAUUCCAGGUUAUACUGAAGCCUGAUCCUGGAAAUUCACAAGACUUAUUUAUUCGGAGCUUAUCAGCCCUAGGUAUUAACGUUCAUGACCAUGACAUACGUUUUGUCGAGGACAACUGGGAGAGCCCGGUUUUAGGUGCCUGGGGAUUGGGCUGGGAAAUUUGGAUGGAUGGGAUGGAGAUCACUCAAUUCACCUACUUCCAGCAGGCAGGGAGUCUUCAAUUAACGCCUGUAUCUGUUGAGAUUACAUAUGGUCUUGAACGGAUCCUUAUGUUGCUUCAGGGAGUUGAUCAUUUCAAGAAAAUUCAAUAUGCUGAUGGGAUAACAUACGGAGAGCUUUUUCUGGAAAAUGAGAAGGAAAUGAGCGCAUAUUAUCUGAAGCAUGCCAGUGUCGAUAACAUUCAUAAGCAUUUCGACCUUUUUGAGGCCGAAGCUCGCUGUUUGCUCGAUUCAGGCCUUGCAAUUCCUGCGUAUGAUCAACUUUUGAAGACAUCUCAUGCUUUCAACAUACUUGACUCUAGAGGGUUUGUUGGGGUAACAGAACGUGCUCGCUAUUUUGGUCGGAUGCGUAGUUUAGCCCGUCAAUGCGCACAACUCUGGUUAAAGACGAGGGAGUCUCUUGGAUAUCCCUUGGGAGUUACAUCUCAAUCUGAUCAUAUUGUGUUUCCAAAAGAAGUCUUAGAGGAAGCAGCAGGAAAGGUAUCCACAGAUCCACGGUUAUUUGUACUUGAAAUUGGGACUGAAGAGUUGCCACCAAAUGAAGUAGUUAACGCGUGCAAGCAACUCAAAGAUCUAAUUGAGCAGUUGCUGGAAAAACAAAGAUUGAGUCAUGGGAAAGUUCUAACGUUUGGCACACCACGCAGACUCGUGGUACAUGUCCAUAACCUCUAUGCGAAGCAAGUUGCAAAUGAGAUUGAUGUUCGAGGACCUCCAGCUUCUAAGGCGUUUGACCAAGGAGGCAAUCCUACCAAGGCCGCUGAAGGUUUUUGCCGAAGAAAUGGUGUCCCUUUAGGCUCCUUGUUUAGAAGGGUUGAAGGUAAAACAGAGUAUGUUUAUGUUCGUGCGGUGGAGCCAUCACGACUUGCUUUGGAGGUAUUAUCUGAAGAAUUACCUGGGACAAUUGGUAAAAUAUUGUUCCCUAAGUCAAUGCGUUGGAACUCUGAGGUCAUGUUCAGUAGGCCCAUCCGGUGGAUAUUGGCAUUGCAUGGAGACGUAGUUGUUCCUUUCAUGUAUGCUGGUGUUCUAAGUGGAAAUCUUUCUCACGGACUUCGAAAUACACCAUCGGCUACUGUUAAGGUAGCAAGUGCAGAAUCUUAUACUGAUGUGAUGCAGCGUGCUGGAAUAGCCAUCAGUAUGGAGCAACGCAAGCAGACAAUUUUGGAUUCCUCUAAUGCCUUGGCAAAAAGUGUUGGUGGCAUUAUCAUUUUGCAGAAUGAUUUACUUGAUGAGGUUGCAAAUCUCGUUGAGAAACCUGUUCCAGUACUUGGUAAAUUUAAUGAGUCCUUCUUAGUGCUUCCAAAAGAUCUGCUAAUAAUGGUCAUGCAGAAGCACCAGAAGUAUUUUGCAAUAACUGAUCAGGGAGGAAACCUGUUGCCAUACUUCAUUUCUGUUGCAAAUGGGGCAAUCAAUGAAAUGGUUGUAAGGAAAGGAAAUGAAGCUGUACUUAGAGCUCGAUAUGAAGAUGCAAAGUUCUUCUAUGAGGUGGACACAAGUAAAAGAUUUUCUGAAUUUCGAAGUCAAUUGAAUGGAAUUCUCUUUCACGAGAAGCUGGGGACAAUGUUGGACAAGAUGACACGCGUCCAACAUUUGGUUACUGAAGUGGGCUCGUCUCUGCGGGUAAGUGGUGAUACACUCCAAAUCAUCAAGGGCGCUGCAUCAUUAGCCAUGAUAGAUCUUGCCACUGCAGUUGUUACUGAAUUCACCUCGCUUUCCGGGAUAAUGGCGCGUCAUUAUGCUCUUAGAGAUGGCUAUUCAGAGCAGAUUGCAGAGGCACUGUUUGAGAUUACACUUCCACGAUUUUCAGGAGACAUAGUUCCAAAAACUGAUGCUGGGACAGUAUUGGCCAUAACUGAUAGGUUGGAAAGCCUUGUUGGCUUAUUUGCUGCUGGUUGUCAGCCAAGCUCCAGUAAUGAUCCUUUUGGCUUGCGAAGAAUCUCUUAUUGUCUCGUGCAACUUCUGGUAGAAACCAAUAGAGAUUUAGAUCUAAGGCAUGGUUUAGAGCUUGCUGCUGCUGUUCAACCCAUAAAUGUAGCUGCGGAAACAAUAGAUACUGUACAUCAAUUUGUAACCAGGAGACUUGAACAACUUCUGAUGGACCAAGGAAUAAGUCCAGAAGUGGUUCGCUCUGUUCUUGCCGAACGUGCAAACCAGCCCUGUUUGGCGACAAAGUCUGCAUAUAAAAUGGAAGCCUUGUCAAGAGGUGAGCUGCUGCCCAAAAUUGUCGAAGUAUAUUCACGUCCAACAAGAAUUGUCCGUGGAAAGGACAUCAAUGAUGAUUUGGAGGUGGAUGAGGGAGCUUUCGAGACAAAGGAAGAGAAAGCUUUGUGGUGCACUUUCACGUCGUUAAGGACUAAAAUUCGUCCUGACAUGGAAGUAGAUGAUUUUGUUGAAGCUUCUUCUGAUCUGUUACAGCCACUUGAGGAUUUCUUCAAUAACGUGUUUGUUAUGGUGGAAGAUGAAAGAAUCAGAAAGAACAGGCUUGCACUACUCAAGAAAAUUUCAGACCUUCCAAAGGGAAUAGCAGACCUCUCAAUUUUGCCAGGAUUUUGAAAUUAUUCUAUUUUUCAUAUUUAUAUAAAGUUUGGCCCUGUUCUAAGAGAGAGGAGGAAACCAGAGAGAAAGUAGUGGAUCAAUAAUUUCUCCAUUUAUUUCGAAAGGCCAUUUUUGCCUCCUCACCUGAAAGCCAUGAGAUGUUCAUUCUUCAAUCCUAUUUAUCGCCCUGCUCGAGCAUGCAAAGUUGGAGGGCAUAAGACGAAUCAGCUCCUCAACAUUCUACUGCUGUAUAACUUUUUUUCUUUGACUGCAUUUUAUUACAGUUCCUGUUAUAUAAAAUUGUGCUUGGUAUGUUUUCAUCAUUCUUUGAGGCGAUUGUGACAUGUCAAUCUGUAUUGUAGAACUUUCAACUACAAAAUAAUGUGGAGUUUGAAGGGUAAAAAUACUUAUUUGAAUGAGAUUAUUGUUCCAGGAAAUA